CGUGACGUCAUUUUGUCCGGUGCCUGUUCAUCCGAAUGAAAGAUGGAGUGUUUGAGCAGUCACAGUGUGUAUGUGCUGCAGCAGCUGCAGGAGCAGCGCAUUCAGGGUCUGCUGUGUGACUGUAUGCUGGUGGUGAAGGCCGUCUGUUUUAAAGCACAUAAGAACGUACUGGCAGCGUUCAGUGCAUACUUCAGAUCUCUGUUCCAGAACAGUCCAGCGCAGAAGAACGAUGUGUUUCACCUGAGCAUUCAGGAUGUGAGCGGCAUCGGGCAGAUUCUGGAUUAUAUGUACACGUCACACCUGGAGCUGAACCAGGACAAUGUUCACACACUGAUGGAGAUUGCACAGUGUCUGCAGGUGUCUAAUGUUCUGAACAUGUGUCACGCGUUCCUGAAGCCGUGCGUCACAGCGGAUGCGUCGUUCUCUCUGUCUGCUGAUGUCACUCAUGAUCAGGACUGUGUGUUUGGCGGAUCUUUAUCUUCAGAUGUGGAUCUUAUUCGCCACUGCCGACCAGUACAAACGAUCACAGCGGCUCCGCCCCUUAGCAACACGCCGCUAGAGACAGACGGCGCGGCACAGACGGACCGCCAGCCGCUACACGGAUACAAACUCAGAAACUUCUACACCAAACAGUAUUUCAAACAGAACGCCGCUCAGAACUUCAGUCAGAACAUCGGACCGAGUGUCACGGAGGAACAGUUUAACGCAAACGCCGUCAACCAAUCACUGCCACCGAACCAAACGCACGCAGCCAAUCCCAUGACAGACCCUGAGCCCGUGGCCCCGCCCACUCCUCGCGUUCUGCGUCCUAAAAAAGCCGUUUACCUGAAGAAGUUCAACUACCUGCGCUCGCACGUCAGUGUGGAAGAUGACUUUCAUGAACAACAGGUGGCGCCGCUGACAAACCCCGCCCACAGCGGCACAGACACGCCCACAGACCACUUGACCACUGACCCUAUUGAGACCGUGACCUCUGACCUUGCGGAGGUGUCCGAGACGACACCUGCAGCGGAGCCUAAUGACCUUGAGUCGAGGGGUCACAGUGAGAGGUCAGAGGUCAGCAGCAGUAAUAAGUAUUGUUGUGAGGUUUGUGGAAAGACGUUCAAACAUCCGAGUAACCUCGAGCUACACAAGCGCUCACACACAGGUGAGAAACCGUUUCAGUGCAACGAGUGUGGGAAAUCUUUCUCACAGGCAGGAAAUCUUCAGACUCAUUUACGGCGUCAUUCUGGAGAGAAACCGUACAUCUGUGAGCUCUGCGGGAAGAGUUUUGCAGCGUCAGGAGACGUUCAGCGUCACAUCCUCGUACAUUCAGGAGCGCGACCGCAUCUGUGUGAUAUCUGUGGACGAGGAUUCAGCAACUUCAGUAAUCUGAAGGAACACAAGAAAACUCACAGCACAGACAAAGAGUUCGUCUGCGAUCAGUGCGGGAAAUCAUUUAACAUGCAGAGAAAACUCUUCAAACACAAACUCAGACACACGGGAGAGAAACCGUACUGCUGUCAGACCUGCGGCAAGUGUUUCGCGGGCUCCGGUGAUCUCCAGCGUCAUGUGCGUUCACACACAGGUGAGCGUCCGUAUGUGUGUGACACGUGCGGGAAAAGUUUCACACGCACCGCAGUCCUGCGCAGACACCGCAGCUCUCACUGCAGUCCCACAGACGUCUGCGCAGACACGGCAGGACCUCAAUCCAGCGUCAGCUCACCUGCGUCUGCGCAGCCGGACCCUCCUCCCCCUCUCUCUAAACCUGCGUUCAGCUGCGCAUCUCUGCAGACUCCUCCCACUCACCUCUACAGAGCGUCUGUGGGUCUGUGCAGCAGUGGAGCACUGUGGGGGCGGGCCAUGAAGACACUGCAGAGUGACACCGACCAAUGACAGUCCGAGUCUGUGCUGGAUUCAGCCAAUCAGAUGCUGCGAUGUUCACUUUCAUUCCUUGUGUGUAAAACUAUCAGGAUUUUUCUCAGGGAUUCUUUUCUGUUUUUCACUCAGUUAGAUGUAAUUUAUUCAUACAGUAGAAAUACUAAUGAAAUACUUAUUUCUUUUCAAACUUGUGCAUUCAUUUUUGUUCUCCAGAAAAUAUUGAGAUGUUUAAGUUUUAAAUAAGAAUAAUUAGCGCCGUUCACCUGGUCAUGUGAUGAUGGAAAGUUGCACACAAUCUUACACAAAACAGCAAGACAGUUUUACUCUUAAAUGUUCUUGACAUUUGCUCAUCUUCAAGCAGCUGUGACUAGUAUGUACAUUACUGUAUGACAUUUAAAGAGACAGUUCACUCAAAAUGAAGAUUCUGUCAUCAUUUACUCACACUCAUGUUGUUCCAAACACGUAUGACUUUCUUCUGUGGAACAUGAAAGAAGAAUUAUUGCAAGAUUUUCCACGACUCUUCAUGUGCAAAGUUUGAAUCCGAUGGAUUGUAAAGAGCUGUGGUGCGGUGUGCACAUAUGAUCAGCACAUAUGAGAGCUGCUGGUUUGAAUCUGACCUGAUAGCAUCCUUACUGUCCCGUCUACACGACACCUCAAAUAAAAUUAUAUAAAAUAAAAAA